GGCUCGUUUGGAGAGAAGAUGUUUAUGUUUGUGCUGCAGUAUUAUUAUUAUUACUAAGAGGAGUCUGCUUUAUUAAAACAUGUCUGUCACUGGAGGAGGAAACAGAGGGUUUUACUUCAACACCGUGUUAUCUUUGGCUCGGUCUCUUGCUGCUCACCAUCAGGCUCCAUUAGAAAAGGUAAAAAACGCUUCCUGCAUGUGUGAUUUAUGGUGGAAGGGAAUAGGAAGGAAGGAUGGGAGAAGGGAGGGAGCGCUAACACGCUACUGAUUAUUUCUGUUGCAGCACAAAGACGCCAUCGUCCCGUACCUUCUGGGAUUGCUUAAAGGACUUCCUAAAGUUCAGUGGAUUGAAGAAAGCUCGGAGCGUAAAGGACGAGAUGCACUUCCUGUUGCAGAGAACUUCAGCUUUUGUCUGGUAACACUUCUGUCAGACGUUGCCCAGAGCGAUGAGACCUUACGAGGACAGAUCCUGGAGGCGAUCAUGGAAAUCAUGCAGGUCCUCCAAGAUAUCUGCAAGAAUCCAGAUGAUCACGAUAAAGAAUACCUGUGCCGGUACACGGUGCCCACUCUGCUCGGUGUGGCCAGAGCUUUCGGCCGUUACAGCAACACCGACGAGCCGUUACUGGUCCAAGCUGUUCCCUCGCGGGUCAUCCCCCCGCUGAACACGGGAGACGACGGCGAUGCGGUGCGACGGCGCUCCUUCAACGAUUUCCGUUCCAUCAUCCCGACCUCGUUGCUUAGCGUGUGUCAGUCGGACAGUCUGAAGCGUAAAGGCACAUCCAUGACCAGCGUGUCACAGCAGGCGAGUCCAGAGCGAGUCGGUCUGACUCCCAGCUCACCUGCUGAUCCCUCUGCUCAGUACUUUGAAGGCUCGUACCUCCCAGACGGCAGCGCGGUGGACCCAGAUUAUUACUUCUCCACCAUCAGCUCCAGCUUCUCCGUCUCACCUCUCUUCACCGGAAGCAGCUCCGGAGAGUUUCACGUCCCUCUCGACAUGCUCAGACAGCUCCUCCACAUGGUUGAACAACUUGUGUCUGAGUCAUUUUUAAAAUCACUGGAUGAAAUCUUGGCAGAGUUUUUAGAGUUGAAUCCUGGUCUUCAUCUGCACUACAAAACCUUCAGCGAUCCUCUGUAUGUAGCCAUUUUUAAAAUGCUAAGAGACACUCUCUACAAUCUUAAAGACCUGCAGACGGACUUUGUGAAGGAGGUGCAUGACUUUGUGUUGGAGCAGUUCAGCAGCAGCCAGUCGGAGCUGCAGAGGAUCCUGCACGAUGUGGAGUACCUGCAGAGCGAGCUGAGUCCGCUCAAGCUGCGUUGCCAGGCCAACGCCGCCUGCGUGGACCUGAUGGUUUGGGCUGUGACCGAGGAGCAGGGAGCCGAGAACCUUUGCACCAAACUGUCGGAGAAGCUUCAGUCCAAAACGUCCAGUAAAGUAAUCAUCGCUCACAUGCCGCUGCUCAUCUGCUGCUUACAGGGUUUGGGUCGUCUGUGUGAGCGUUUCCCUGUGGUCGCUCACUCCGUCACCAUGUCCCUCAGAGACUUCCUGGUGGUUCCUUCUCCUGUUUUAGUCAAGCUGUACAAAUAUCACAGCCAGUACACUUCAGGAGCCGGAGAGAUAAAGAUCCACGUGACCAACGAACACUCCCAGUCGACCCUCAGCACUCAGAGCAAGAAGUCUCAGCCGUCCAUGUACGAACAGCUGAGGGACAUUUCUAUAGAUAACAUCUGCAGGUGUCUGAAAGCAGGACUUACGAUGGAUAGCGUCAUCGUGGAAGCUUUUCUCGCCAGUCUGUCCAAUCGUCUCUACAUCUAUCAGGAAAAUGAUAAGGACGCCCAUUUGAUCCCAGAUCACACCAUCAGGGCUUUGGGGCACAUCGCCGUGGCUUUGCGGGACACUCCCAGAGUCAUGGAGCCCAUCCUGCAGAUCCUGCAGCAGAAGUUCUGCCAGCCUCCGUCCCAGCUGGACGUCCUCAUCAUCGAUCAGCUGGGCUGCAUGGUCAUCACAGGAAAUCAAUACAUCUACCAGGAAGUGUGGAAUCUGUUCCAGCAGAUCAGUGUGAAGGCCAGCUCCAUGGUUUACUCCACCAAAGACUACAAGGAUCACGGCUACAGACACUGCUCUCUGGCAGUGAUCAACGCUCUGGGGAACAUAGCAGCGAACCUUCAGGCUGAACACAUGGUGGACGAGCUGCUGGUCAAUCUGCUCGAGCUUUUCGUUCAGCUGGGUUUAGAAGGGAAGAGAGCCAGCGAGAGAGCUUCAGACAAAGGACCCACUCUGAAGGCUUCAAGCAGCGCCGGAAACCUCGGUGUCCUCAUUCCAGUUAUUGCAGUGCUGACUAAGAGGCUGCAACCAAUCAAAGAGGCGAAACCACGUCUGCAGAAGCUCUUCAGGGACUUCUGGCUCUACUCUGUCGUCAUGGGGUUUGCUGUCGAAGGCUCAGGUCUGUGGCCUGAAGAAUGGCACGAAGGAGUUUGUGAGAUUGCCACCAAAUCACCGCUGCUCACGUUUCCCAGCGGAGAACCUCUACGCUCAGAGCUGCAGUACAACUCUGCACUGAAGAACGACACCGUCACUCCGGCGGAGCUGAACGAUCUGCGUAGCACCAUCAUCAACCUGCUGGAUCCUCCUCCUGAAGUCGCUGCUCUCAUCAACAAACUGGACUUCGCCAUGUCGACGUAUCUGCUGUCAGUUUACAGAUUAGAAUAUAUGAGGAUGCUGCAUUCUCAGGACUCGGAUCGUUUUCAGGUCAUGUUUCGAUACUUUGAAGACAGAGCGAUACAGAAGGAUAAAUCUGGCAUGAUGCAGUGUGUGAUUGCUGUUAGCGACAAGGUUUUUGAAGUCUUCCUGCAGAUGAUGGCUGAAAAAGCAAAAACCAAAUCCCACGAGGAGGAGCUGGAACGCCACGCUCAGUUCCUCUUGGUCAACUUCAACCACAUCCACAAGAGGAUCCGCAGAGUGGCUGAUAAAUAUCUGUCCGGUCUGGCUGAAACAUUCCCUCACUUGUUGUGGAGCGGCCGCGUGCUGAAGACCAUGUUGGAUAUUCUGCAGACCCUCUCUCUCUCGCUGAGUGCUGAUAUUCAUAAAGACCAACCGUAUUACGACAUCCCAGAUACUCCGUACAGGAUCACCGUCCCAGACACGUAUGAAGCCAGAGAGAGCAUAGUGAAGGACUUCGCUGCUCGCUGUGGUGAGAUCCUUAAGGAGGCGAUGAAAUGGGCUCCAUCAGUGACCAAAUCCCACCUGCAGGAGUAUCUGAACAAACACCAGAACUGGGUGUCGGGUUUGUCCCAGCACACGGGCCUCGCCAUGGCAACGGAGAGCAUCCUUCACUUCGCUGGUUACAACAGACAGAGCACCACACUGGGGUCCACUCAGCUGACGGAGAGGCCGGCCUGUGUGAAGAAGGACUACUCUAACUUCAUGGCUUCCCUCAACCUCAGGAACAGAUACGCUGGAGAGGUAUCAGGUAUGAUCCAUUUCGCCCAGGCAGUCCGAGGACAGUCCGAUCUGAGCCGGCUGAUGGUCAAACAGAUGGCCGAAGCUUUGGACUCUGGACAGCCUGAAGCUUUCACCGAGGCCAUGUUCAAACUGGCCGCUCUGCUCAUCAGCUCCAAAGACUGCGAUCCUCAGCUCCUGCAUCACCUCUGCUGGUCUCCUCUCAAGAUGUUUACUGAGCACGGCAUGGAAACCGCCAUCGCCUGCUGGGAAUGGCUGCUGGCAGCUCGCACUGGAGUGGAAGUACCGUUCAUGCGUGAGAUGGCAGGAGCCUGGCAGAUGACCGUGGAGCUGAAGAUGGGUUUAUUCUCAGACGCUCAGGUGGAAGCCGAUCCUCUGGCUGCUUCGGAGGAAAGCCAACCCGUCCCCUGCCCUCCAAAUGUUACCCCUCACCACAUCUGGAUCGAGUUUCUAGGCCAGAGGUUUGAGAUUGCAAAGUACUCCAGCGCAGAUCAAGUGGAGAUCUUCGGCAGUUUGCUUCAACGCUCGCUGUCUCUUAACGUCGGCGGGGCGAAGGGUAGCCUCAACCGCCACGUGGCUGCUAUUGGGCCUCGCUUCAGGCUGCUGACUCUCGGUCUGGCUCUGCUCCACUCGGACGUCGUCACCAAUUCAACCGUAAGAAACGUGCUCAGAGAGAAGAUCUACUCGACUGCCUUCGAUUACUUCAGCGUGUCUCCAAAGUUCCCCACCCAAGGCGACAAGCGUCUGCGCGAGGACAUCAGCAUCAUCAUCCGUUUCUACGCCAGCAUCCUGUCCGACAAGAAGUACCUGGCAGCGUGCCACUUGGUCCCCACCCGGAACACCGACCUGCGGAGCAACAUGGACUCCAGCUCUCGCUCCCAGCAGAGCAGCCAGGGAUGGAUCAACACGUACCCGCUGUCCAGUGGCAUGUCCACCGCCUCCAAGAAGUCAGGCACGUCCAAGAAGAGCAACCGAGGAACUCAGCUUCACAAAUACUACAUGAAGCGCAGAACUCUCCUCCUGGCUCUACUGGCGAGCGAGAUCGAGCGUUUGACGACGUGGUACAACCCGCUGUCCACUCAGGAGCUGAUCAUCGCCACGGAGCAGUCGGUGGAGACGAGCAUCGCCAACUGGAGGUCGAAAUACAUCAGUCUGACGGAGAAGCAGUGGAAGGACAACGUCAACCUGGCCUGGAGUAUCGCUCCUUACCUGGCCAUGCAGUUACCUACAAGGUUUAAGAAUGACGCCAUCGUUGCCGAGGUAACCAGGCUGGUGAGACUGGAUCCUGGAGCAGUCAGUGACGUACCUGAAGCCGUGAAGUUCUUGGUGACUUGGCACACGAUCGACGCAGACUCUCCUGAGCUGAGUCACAUCCUGUGUUGGGCUCCGGCCGACCCGCCCACCGGCCUGUCGUACUUCAGCAGCAUGUAUCCUCCUCAUCCUCUCACCGCUCAGUACGGAGUCAAGGUGCUGCGCUCAUUCCCUCCUGAUGCCAUCCUGUUUUACAUUCCUCAAAUAGUGCAGGCGCUCCGUUACGAUAAGAUGGGCUACGUGAGAGAGUACAUCCUGUGGGCGGCUCAGAAGUCUCAGCUUCUUGCUCAUCAGUUCAUCUGGAACAUGAAGACCAACAUCUACCUGGAUGAGGAGGGACACCAGAAAGACCCGGACAUCGGAGAGCUUCUGGAGCAGAUGGUGGAGGAGAUCACAGGAUCGCUGUCGGGUCCGGCCAAAGACUUCUACCAGAGAGAGUUCGACUUCUUCAACAAGAUCACCAACGUGUCGGCCAUCAUCAAGCCGGUUCCGAAGGGAGAGGAGAGAAAAAGAGCCUGUCUGAAAGCUCUGUCUGAUAUCAGAGUGCAGCCAGGCUGUUACCUUCCCAGUAACCCUGAAGCCAUCGUCCUGGACAUCGACUACAAGUCUGGGACACCCAUGCAGAGCGCUGCUAAGGCUCCUUACCUGGCUAAGUUCAAGGUGAAGCGCUGCGGUGUGAGCGAGCUGGAGCGUGAAGGUCUCCGCUGCCCUACGGACUCCAUGGAGGACGGAGAGGACAAUCCGGACGGAUCUCGCAGGAUCUGCUGGCAGGCGGCCAUCUUUAAAGUGGGAGACGACUGCAGACAGGAUAUGCUGGCGCUGCAGAUCAUCGGGCUUUUUAAGAAUAUCUUCCAGCUGGUUGGUCUGGAUCUGUUCGUGUUCCCCUACAGAGUGGUGGCUACUGCACCAGGAUGUGGAGUGAUCGAGUGCAUCCCAGACUGUAAAUCCCGGGAUCAGCUCGGCAGGCAGACGGAUUUUGGGAUGUAUGAUUACUUCCGUAACCAGUACGGUGAUGAAUCCACCCUCGCCUUCCAGAAGGCUCGGUAUAACUUCAUCCGCAGCAUGGCCGCCUACAGCCUGCUGCUGUUUCUGCUGCAGAUCAAAGACCGACACAACGGGAACAUCAUGCUGGACAGCAAAGGACACCUCAUCCACAUCGACUUUGGCUUCAUGUUUGAGAGCUCUCCUGGAGGAAACCUCGGCUGGGAGCCGGACAUCAAGCUGACGGAUGAGAUGGUGAUGAUCAUGGGAGGAAAGAUGGAGGCAACGCCGUUCAAGUGGUUCAUGGAGAUGUGUGUCAGAGGAUAUCUGGCUGUACGGCCGUACAUGGACGCAGUGGUUUCUUUAGUGACUCUCAUGCUGGACACUGGACUGCCGUGUUUUAGAGGACAAACCAUUAAACUCCUCAAAGGACGGUUUAAUCCUCAGAUGAGCGAGAAAGAAGCUGCAGCGUUCAUCAUCAAAGUUAUUCAGAGCUGCUUCCUCAGUAGCAGGAGUAAAACGUACGACAUGCUGCAAUAUUACCAGAACCAAAUCCCUUACUGAGGGUCUCCUGCCGGGUUUCUACUGUAAACGUCCCACGCAGACGUUCUCUACAACAAGCAAUGCAAAACCUCCUUCUGGCUGGUUUUUAACGAGGUGGAGGAACGCACCUUACAUGAGUUUAUUAUCUUC